AUGGAUGAGUACGGAACGCGGGAGGAGUCUCCUGACCACGAGAUGGGAGAGCCACUGACGCAUCAAGAGCUCAGAGAGUUGAUUUCGAUCGUGGAGAACGAGCCUCUGGAGAAUGACGCUACAUGGUAAUUAUCCUCAUCCUGAAUUCAAAUUUUUAAAUAUUUUAUCAAGGUUCGUCAUCAGUCAAGCUUAUUGGGAGAAGCUGAUAAAAGCGGCGAAUGAUGGGUAUGUGGAAGACGUCGGCGAGAUCGAUAACAGCAGUAUAUCCGAACUUGGUAGUUGUUCUGUGAGAAACUUUCGUAAUUUCAUGUAUUUUUUCUAGGAAAAGGCGGCUAUUUCUUGAAGAAAGGCCUUUCCGAAGCCGUCGACUAUCAAACAGUCCCCGAACGCGUUUUCCAACGGCUCAAUGAUGCUUACGGGAUGGCCAAUGACAAGUGCGACUAUAUCCCGAGAAAAGUCGUUCAGAAAGACACCCGAUUGGUUAUUGAGAUCUAUCCGCGGAUUGUGAAUGUAAAUUUGAAGCUUGGAAGGUUUUUUAUGAGGAAAUAUGUUUCAGAUUUCGCUCGCUCGUAAUAGAAACAUCGUGGUUGCUUUGCGACUGAAGGCUUCUGAUAAAAUGGGUGAGAAUUUUUGAAUUUUCUUUUUCUUGUUUAGUAAGGAUUUCCGGAAGCUUGAUAAUUUUCUGGAAUUUUUAAGAGCUAAGAUUGUCGAAUGAACUCGAAAAAUAACCAAAGCAAAAACCUUGAAUUUCAAUGGUUUUUUCAAAUUUUUAAUGCUUGUUUAAACACCUGAAAACUCAUUUUUAAACGUAAAAUCAUAAAUUUUAGAUGAAUUCCACUUCAUUUUAUGCGUUUCCCUCAAAAAAUGAUAAAUUUAACUAGUUAAUUUAAACUUUCGAAGGUUCCUAAAGAUCAUAAAGACACAUUUUCCCCCUUAUUAGUCUUCAAACUAUAAAAAUGAUUUCUAUACUUUCAAAAAACGUUUGAAGUUGAUCUGCGACGUCGAGCCAUGGAGGAACUGAGUGUGACCGAGAAAGACAAACCGAAGUUCUACAUCAUGAACAACGAGGUCCCCGAGUUGAUCGACACGACUCAAGAAGUCAACAGCUAUUUUGAUACAGCCCAAAAAGUGAACAAUUUUGAAGUGAAAGGAAAUUUUUAACUGGAAAAAUCAAGGUCGUGGUGGACACCUUGGAGAACGGGGAAUAUUUCAUUCGUGGCAAGAAGGAAAAAAAGUCGCCGCCACCACGAAUACGUCGUAAGUUUGGAAUUGUUUCUUAAUUUAUAGGGAUUUUUGUUGAAUUUUUAAAAUUUAGAAAAUCUAUAUUUUUUUGUUUUUUGCGUGCAGAUCUCUCAGUGUUGUUUUCCGAUUUAUUAGCAUUUUUUAGCCAGUUUUCUUCAAAAAUGCAAUUUUCUCCAGAAAAAAUGGCUUGAAGUGCGAUACAAAAAAAGCACAUCGACCACUUUUCUUUAUAUCAUCAACCUUUGCUUUAAAAAAAAGGCUUUUUCGUGCCUUUGCGCGUGUAUUUUGAUGCGAAAAUUUUGCUUUGACAUGUCCAUAGGCAAGUUCGGAAGGGUGGAAAAAGGCUCUCUAUAAAUGUUCCUUUUAGGGUGAGAAAGGUUCCUUUUUCGCUUCCUUUUUGCGCCUUUUGAUUAGCUUUUGCUGUCUCGCCUUUUUUCCACCACCUUUUUCUAGAAAAAAUGGAAAGGUCGAUAAAGAAACUCUUUUUGCUGCCUUUUUUGAUCUUAUCCCUUUUAGCGGCCAUUAUCCACCUUUUCGACUUUGCCGGAAUCAAAAAGAAAAAAAAACCCUUUUGCCUGGUGUUUUUUUCCAUUUCCUAGCGACUCAUCGUUUGCUUUUGCACGCCUCAUCGUUCAUUCAGGGAGCUUGAGAGUGAAGAGGAGGAAGGUGAGAGUAGCAAAAGUUCCUCCGGAGACGGCUCACCGGACAUGAGCUAUAAUGACGGGAUCGGAGGCCGGCUGGCCGCUCCGUUCUUUCUUUUUUGGCACAAAUUCCGGCUGCUCUGGUGGCAGUUCAGCCUUAUGUGGCCCCAGGCCCUGCGUGACUUUGUUCGCUUUCUCUUCGGGUGGUGGAUUCUCCGACCGCCGUCGAGGUCCGUCUGUAUAUCUACCUUCAUUGAGGACCCUUUUUCAAUAGUCCUGUAGAGAUUUGGUAGUUGAGAAAGUGAAAAAUAGUGGCGGAAUCGCUGCUGGCUUGGUAUUAAAAGUAUAGCUAGUUGUAAUGAUUAAAAAGCUUUCAAAGUAUUGAGCCAGCAGUGAAUCAACCUCAUAUGACUGUAGAAAAUUGAAUAGGAAAAUCAUUUUUGUUUCUUGAACGCAUACUGCUGCUAAAAAUCGAUUUUUGAAAACCCUUCUCAGUUUUGAAAGAAAUUCCCAAGCUUUUCGCAAAAAAAGCAUAGUCCACUCGGACAUUGUUAACGAGGAGUGGACGUUUCGGAGAUUUCUAGUGAUUAUUUUAGUAGCGUGAGCACCUUUAAGUGAUCCCCAGAGAUGCUCAGAAACGUCCAAAUCGCGUUACCAAUGUCAGGGCAGGAGAGUUCUCGUGAUUUUUCACAGAUUCAUUACUUUUUUUUUUGAUUUUGAAAGCUCUGAUCUAGUUUUGAAUCUACAAUCUCAUUAUUUUUCAAUUUAUCCGACCUUUUCAGCAGUUGCGUUUUUGAAGAUUCUAGGCGGAAAACUUCUUAUAAGCAUACGUUGGUUGGAUCCCACCACGGGGUGCGGUCUAUCCCCCUCAAACUGAGGUUUACCCCCCAAAAAGUGCUCAGUAAACUUUCAAAAUUUUUUCGCGCACAAAAGGCUGGGAUGGGAUCCAGUCGAUGUAUGCUUAUAAACCAUAUUAACAACAAUUUUAAAUGAGGAGAAAGGGGUCUAAGGCAAAAUUUCGGUCUACCACUCUCACAGCGGACUUCGCCGGUGGUCCAUGGCCCUUUUUUCGUAUCGUCUUCGUCGGCUUUCCCCCGCCCCACAAAGAGAAAAAAACAAUGCUUCUCGUUCGAUUUUCGAAUAAGAAUCCCACGUGUUUUGCAGCAUUUCUGGUCACUCUUUUAUUGUCUACUAAAUGUUGCGUUGCAUGAGAUGGAGACUAUUUCGCUUGCGCGUCAUCAACUUUUUUUGGUUUUUCUUUCUCUUGAAACUUUUUCGGUUGAUGAAAACUGCUUCCUAUCACACACACACACUGACUAACCGGUUUCGAAGCUUUUUUCUCUACUUUUCGAGUGUGUGGACCGAAGUUUUGUCGGUUUUCCUCGUUAACACUGUAGUCAAUGUGAUGGUUUUUUUUUUGAAAAGGAAAUAGUUACCAAGAAUUGGUGAAUGGUCCAACAGUUGAGUAAUUGAACUUUAUGUUACCCUCAAGGAGGCAUAGUCGAUUCAAGGUUAGCUUGGCCCAAAAAAUGCGAGGCCGUGUCUGCUCUCUCCGUCAAAAAGGCACUGUCUCUUUUCUUAUCGUGUCAGGACCCUUUUUUCCAAGACACCGUAAAUCAGCUAAAGUUUCACUGUGAAGUUUGGAUUUUUCUGAAUGUCUUGAUGCACAGGCAAAGUUCAAACGACCUUAAAAAGACCUUAAAAUUAAGAGGCUUAAGUUUCUUUUUGAGUUCCUAAAAAGGUGUCAAAAAGAUCUAGGAAUCUCCUUAUUUUUCUAGUCCUCCUUAAAAGGUCCUUUUCAGAAAAAGGUCUAAAAAAGGCGCAUCUGAGACCUUAUAAAGGCCUUUUUCCCAAAAGUCCUUUUUGAGACCUUUGGACUUUGCCCAUGUGCUUGAUUUAGACGUCUAGAGAGUGUUUCUUGGUUAUAACUAUAAUUAUUUCCCUAGAAGCUUUGCUAAAGUUCAAUUUUGGACCAUUCACCACUACUUGGUGAAAGUUUUUGUCAGAAAAAAGAAAUUUUAUGAAUAAUUUUUAAAAAGGAAAAUUAAAACCUUUUUUUUGAAGGUCCCUGAUCGGCAGUAGUUCUUUCGGUUUGCCGUUCUCCUCGACCAUCGGAGAGCCCGAUCAAGUGCCGCCUGGGAUGACCGGCUUGACAAACUUGGGAAAUACCUGCUUCAUGGCUUCGGCUCUUCAAGUUUCCCCCAAAAAAGUGGCUCUUGAUGAUAGGUUUCCAUUGCAGUGUAUGUCAAACAUGCCGCCUCUCCGGGACUUUUUCGUUUCGAACAAGUAUGAGCAAGACCUUAACCGGGAGAAUCCCCUUGGUACGCACGGCGAACUGGCGGAGGUAGAGAAAGGAUAAACUCGAAAAAACUAUUUUUUCGAAUUCUGUAGGCUUUCGGCCAUCUGGUCAAGCACAUUUGGAGUGGGAACUACCGAAGCGUGGUCCCUAGAAGGGUCAAAAACGUGAUUGGGGCCUUUGCGCCGAGGUUCAGUGGAUAUGCCCAACAGGAUGCUCAGGUACCUUAUUUUAGGAAAGUUAAGGAUAAAUUAUAAAAAAGCCCUAAGGGUAGUUCGAAGAAAUGGCUUUUCAAUAUUUUCCUAUCAAAAAAAAAAAAACUUGUCCAGGAACUCCUUGCCUACGUCCUCGACGGCCUCCAUGAAGAUCUGAACCGGAUCAAGAAGAAGCCCUACAUUGAGGACAACGACGAGUGGUCCAAGUUGCCUGAUAACGAGGUGAUUUUUUCACCUACAUCUUCAAAAAACUUCAUAAUUCAGCUGGCCGAAAAAUCCUGGGAAAUGUACAAAAUGCGCAACGACAGCAUCAUCGUGGACACCCUACACGGUCAACUCAAAUCGACCCUCGUUUGUCCCGUUUGCGAGAAGGUUUGAACUGUUGAAAUUGGGGAAAUUCAGGAUUUUGAGAACUGUUGGUUGUUGGAUAGGAUUUUGUAGCGAAUGAUGGAGCUUUUCUGAUAAUAAGUUUGAAACUAAUUCAGGAUUUUUUAGAAGUUUGGGAACUUUUGAUUGUUAGAUAGAAUUCUGUAGCGAUUGAUGGAGCUUUUUGAGCAGAACUAAUGAUCUUGAAACGGUUUUUGAAGGAUCCUUUAUAAAAUUGAUGAAAUUCGCGUCUUUAGCUGAUCUGAAAACUGGUAAAUCGGUUGAAAUUCGGUGAAACCCUGCUAAAAUCUUAUACAGUAAAAUCUGGUAAAUCAGUGGUAAAAUCUGGUGAAUUUGUGGUGAACAUGGUAAAAUCUUGUAAAUCUACGGUAAAAUAUGGUGAAUUCCUGGUAAAAUCUGGUAAUUUCCUGGUAAAUCCACGGGAAAAUAUGGGAAAUCCGUGGUAAAAUCUGGCGGAUUCCUGCUAAAAUCUGGUAAAUUCUGCUGAACCCCUGGUAAAAUCUGAUAAAUUCCUGGUAUCAUUUGGUAAAUCUCUGGUAAAUUUGGUAAAUCAGUAGUAAAAUCGGGUAAAUCCUUUGUAAAUCUGGUAAGCUCCUGGUAAAUCUGGUCUGGUAAAUCCCUGGUAAAUAGAUCUUUCACUCGAAAAGAUUUUGUUCAAAAAUAAGCAAGAAAUUAAAAAUAAAUCAACUUAUUUUGAUAUUAAAACUCUAGAGAAUGGUACCAUGGUGUUUUGAAGAAUGUGUAUCUUUGAACUAUUGAUUUUUCUUCAUAUUAAACUAUAUUUUGAGAAUUUUUCUUAGGUGAGCAUCAAAUUCGACCCAUUCGGCUGCUUAUCGCUCCCCUUGCCACCGAAGGACGUCCACGUGAAACAGACCGUCACUGUCGUGUUUUUCGGAAGAAAAUGGGCCAAGGUUCAAUUUCAUUAUUCAUUAAAAACUUCUCAUAUUUUCUCUAGUUCAUGUUCACGGUGACGAAAAAGACGACGAUUGAGGACGCCGAACGGCUGAUUGCCGCGAAAUUGCAACUCGAGAAGAAGUUCAGCGUAUGUUGAUUCUGAAAAGAGUAGAAGAUUGGAAACAAAGGCAAAGGGUGGAAAAGGCUUCUUUUUUUUCUGCCUUUUUGCGCCAUUUCACCGGCUAUUUAGCACCAUUUUUGCGGCCUCUUCCUUUUUCCACCUUCUCUUGAGCCUUCAAAAUCCCAGAAAAAUGGAAGGCUCGAUAAAGGGACCCUUUUUGCUGCCUUUCUGCGGCCUUUUUUGAGCCUCUCACUUUUAGCAGCCAUUAUCCACCAUUCCGACUUUGCCCGAGAACGGAGAGCUAAAAAGAAAGUGAAAAAAUUUGUCUAUUGUCGAAAAAAUGAUAAUUUUUCGCCCUGUGCUGUUAAAACCACGCACACGAGACCGAUCAGAAUGAUUUCAAAAUUUUCUUUCCCCCAUAUUUUUAUUAACGUCAUGAAGUCGCUUUUUUUUUGAUAUUGUUUAAAAUAGGUAACGCGAAAAGUUAUUUAUAUCCUAAAAGUUCAACUACAGCAAGAAAAAUCUCUUCAUAAUGCAUAUUUCAUCUUUUAACUUGAUUUUUCUUGAAAAUUGCAAUUUAUAAUUCCUGUCGGUUGUAGAUUUGAAAAUUUGAGCAAUCUUAGUCUUCUUCUUCUUCUUGAAGUCUCUUAUAUUGAUUUUCUUGAGACUGAAAGGCUUUUUGAAUUUUUCUCAAUCCUUUUUCUAAACCAAAGAAGUAUUCAAUUUAUUGUUUUUAUAAUUUUAUUUCCUAGCAGUCCCAUUUCUUAGAAGAUUUACAAAAAUGUCAUUCCAGCUGGUGUUUUUCCAAAUUGCGGCGUCCAAUUCGAUGAAUAUCCUCAACGACGAAGUGACCUUGCUCCGACCGACGGAUUCUGUGUUCCAAGGCGGCCGCGAGGUCUACGCCGUCGAAAUGGAACACGACCCCAGCGAAACAAAUACGAAGCUCCUUGUUGUUUAGUCAGUUUUUAUAGGGUAGAGAGAGAAUAUUCGAUCCGCAAAUGUUCGCGGCCGUAUAUCUCAUGUCCAUACUUGUCUUCAGACUAUAAAACUAUGAAAUUACUUGAUAUUAUCGAAGACAUUACGACUUCGAAUUCAUGGAUCGAAUAUUUCGUCCAAUCAUCUGAAUGAAACUGCCUUUUUCACAAUUUUGCUUGCAGCAAUCGCUCGAAGAUCGCUCGGCCGUGCUCUCUCCCACUGAUUUUCGCGAUUCCGAACGGCGAACUGACCAAGGAGUGGAUCGUCGACGUUCCUCUGAAGAUGAUCAAAAGACUGUACUUCCACAACGCCGAAGCCCUUGACGGCGUCAACGACGAGAAUCAUGGAGAAGAUCGGGGUCCGAUUUCAUUCCAAUAAAACUAGUUAAAAAAAAGAAUAUCAAAAUUGGCGUUUAACCACGAGGGGGGGGGAGGAAAGUGUGAGAUCUGAAAAAGGUUUAAAAAUAGUUUAGACGGCUUGAUUGUGGCACAAAAUCGAUUUUUUUCAACCCCCCCAUCAUCUAGUUGGUUAGAACUUGAAGAAGAGAAAAUAAAAAAAGAACCGGUUAACCAGGAGUGAGGAAGGUAAGUAUGAGCUUUCAAUGAGGUCUAAAAAAAAUUGAAUGUGACAAAAAAAUUUAAUUUUUUUCAAUCCCCUCCCCAGCUAGUUUGUUCUGGCGAAUAUUAUAUAACUAAAAAGUUUUUAUUUGAGUUAGAUUUCUCAAUUUUUUUCUAUGGAUAAUGGUCCAAAAAUAGAAUAAAAUCUCCAAAACAAGUGAAUUAAGCCAUUUAGAAACGUUGAGCUCCUGUUUCUCAAUAUUCAGAAAAUUUCUACGGUUGAGAAUUUUCGAUAUACUCCUCCAUCACUGAAAAAAAACGACAAAUUCUCAAUAAAUUCUCAACCGCAAAGUUAUAUCACCUUACAAACCUUGAUUACCUAAAUUCAAUAAUUUUCUUACGUUUCCAGAAAUGUACACGAUUCAACUCAACGACAAGAAGUUGGAUGGAAGAGGCGACUCCUACAGUGACGUCAAAACGUGCACGUUCCUCUGGAAAGAUGCCAAACUCUUCAAUAAUAACCGUGGAAUGGUCAGAACUUCAUUGGUUUCCAUGCGAAACUCGCCAUUUUCCAGGACUUGGUUGAACGCGAAGUGACGGUUCCCCUGCGGCGGAAGAUCCAUCUGAUGGAGACUCUCGAAUGGUUCACCACCAUGGAACAACUCGGCGAGGACGACCUUUGGUAUUGUCCGAACUGCAAGAAGCAUCAAAGGGCUACCAAGAAGUUGGAUCUCUGGAAGCUUCCCGAGGUUUUUUUCCUUGAAAUGCUCAGAGGGUAGUGAGAGUAGUCUUAUUGAAAAUAGGAAGGCUAGUCCCUUUUAAGGAAAUAUACGGUCUAGGAAAGGUACAAGAUGAUUAUUUCUAUCAUAGGGCCAAUAGUUUUGACGAUUUCAUCGAGAUCAAAAUGUCUGUAGUUUGCUCAGAAUUUAAAUGACGUCAUUCGAAAAUGCUUUAGAAAUGGCUCGCUCUCUGAAUUGUUUAUCAAGUCAUUAGGGGCGGAGCUUGAGCGAGGAGUUGGCGUUCAAAUUCUGAACAGACUAUAUAGCUAACUUGUGACACAAAGGGGCGUGGCCUGUCUGCGCUCUCCAUCAAAAAGACACUAUCUCUUUUCUUAUCGUCUCAGGACCUUUUUAAGAUGGCUCAAGCUAGCCUGAAUAAGCUGUACACCAGAAAAGAUGAAUUGAAAAUAAACAACGAUAAAGGAAUUUUAAGAAGCUUUUUCAUUGAAAUUCCAGAAUGAAAAAAUAUAGAAAAAAAGCUCUUAUUCACUUUUUACAGAUUUUGGUCAUGCAUCUCAAAAGAUUCACCUACAGUCGUUGGUCCCGCGAGAAACUCAACUGGGAAGUGAUUACGCCUGUCACGUGCGUUUUUCCUGUCCUCCCUAGAUGAAUAGAGAGGUUGAAGGGCUCUGGACCUGACGUCGAAGGUCGCGAAUCCGAACCACGACAAGGCGAUCUACGAUUUGAUCGGAAUGAGUUGUCAUUACGGCGUCCUCAGCAGUGGACACUACACCGCCGCGGCGAUCAAUGACCUCACCGGACAGUGGUUCGUUUGGAAAAUGAGAAGUUGUAGUUCCUGAAGCUACUAUGGGGUUUUUAAGAAAAUAAAAAUCAUUACUGAAAAAUCGUGAAAAAAAAGAAGAGACGGUCAAGUUUAUAAAGAACAGCAGAAAAAAAGCUACCGUACAAACAGUUUGUUGCACGAUUGGUCUAGAAAACUGCAAAAAAGACAGCAAAAAAAACAAAGGUCUUGAAACAAAUUUAGACACUCCAGAGUGGUGCCUUCAGGGGCAACCUUAGAGGCCCUCGAGGGACCACUUUACCAACCCCUAAAGGGUGACUUUAGCUUGUAAAAGCGGUCCCUUUUGGGUUUUUAGUCAGUGGUCCCUGUGGGGACAUGUUAGUCGAUAAUUUUUAUGAACUCUAUGCGAAGAAGCAUUUUCACAGACCCUAAACCCCUAUAGGGACCAUUUUUCGGCCCCUUUAGGGGCUGUUUUUCACUCAAUUCCUAUAGGGAUCCCUCUGAAAUUCCUAAGUGGGGUCGAAUUUGAUCAAAUUUGGUAUACGGUGUUUUUAGCGGGACAAAUGGGCCUGGAAAAAAUUUAUACGCAUUUAUUCAGUCUAUAGAGGAGACUCUCGGCUGAAUCGUGGCAAUAUUGAAAAGUUGUUUGUCGGUUACCGAAACUGACGUUGGUGAAGAACUGCGCGUAGUUCAGAAAGUCCUUUUUGUGAUAGUUGUAGACGAUUUUUGAGAGCUUCGAAAAUCAUUGCCUCUCUAAAAAUUUACAUGUUUUCGUACGAUCAUGAUCAUAAUUUUACUGGAAUUGCGAUUAUAGGGUUGACUUCAACGACUCGCACGCCUCCGUCCGUCAGCCUCCGUCGGAUCCGAUGGAGGCCGCCGAGCCCUACAUGCUCGUCUACCGUCGCCGUCCCCUCGGCCCUGACGGAGAACCGACGGAGGUCCCCCUGGGACACAUGAAGACGCUCUACAGACCGGUCAACGUGCCAAUGGUCCACGAUGAAAACGUCGAGAUGGAGCAGGACGACGAAUAUGACUACUAA